AUGGAGCCCCCGUCAGGCCCUGCAAGCAGGCGGCAUGUCCCCUGGAGCAGGCUCCUGCUGGCAGUCUCACUCUUAUCCUUCUGGACCCUGCCCACCACUGCCCGCCUUGUUGAAACGGUGCCCCCACUUGUUGCGGAAGGGUCGGUCGCCGUUUUUAACAUCCUUGAAAAGGAAGGGAUUAUCAUCGGCUAUGGCUGGUUCAGAGGGAACAAGGUAGAUCAACAAGCUGCGAUUGAAGGCUACCAAGUAAUUGAAAAUUCACAUACACCUGGGCCUUCAAACACUGGUCGAGAGACAAUAAAACCCAAUGGCUCCCUGAUAAUCCAGUCUGUCAGGAAGCAAGACGCAGGAACCUACACCGUGAUCACUGUAAAGGCUGAUUUAACUAAUGUUUCGGCUUCUGGGCAGCUCCAAGUAUACAGCCUGCUGCGGCAGCCCUCCAUCCAAGUCAACGACCCCAUGGUCAGAGAAAAAGGAAACAGGGUGGUCAUUACCUGUAUCACAAAUGAAACGGGCAUCAGCAUCAAGUGGAUCUUCAAUAAGCAGCAACUAAAAGCCGCAAAGAACAUCUUCCUGUCCAAGGACAGCAAGAACCUCACCAUAGACCCCAUCAAGAAGGAAAAUGCCGGGGAAUAUCAGUGUGAGAUCUUCAACAUAGGCACUUCCAAGAGAAGUGAGAUCUUCGAGCUGAAGGUGAAAGCUUAG